CAAAAGAGUUUUGAGUUGGUUUUUUGGAUGAGUCUGCCGAGGAAGGCAGGCUCCUGCAGGAGUCUUGGAGGGUCGGAUGCAGCCCCGGAUGAGGAUGAGGCGUGGCGGAAGAUGCGUUUGGCUCUGCAGACACUGCAUCGGGCAGCAGGGGACUCUGGGAGGCUGGUGCAGCCUGAAGGCAUGGCUCUUGACAGCCUUCUAGUAGAAUCUCUGGAAUUGUGCAUAUCAUAGUAAGAUUUUUAAUUAAUGAAGAUGUCACCACUUACUGAGUGUGAUAAGCCCCCCGCUUCAUCCCCAUCUCCUACCCUGGGCUGAGACUGUUUCCAAAGGACUCCUCAAGUUGAGAACUCAAGUUGGACCCCACCCUUGCCUAGUCUAACUUCGCACCCUGAAGCUGUCUCCCCCUCUAGCCUUCUCUGGACCCCUGGGAGUGCUGUUCUCCAGAAGAGGAAGGACAGAAGAGGAAAGAAACUAACGGGUAUUGAGCACCUACUGUGUGCCAGGCCCAGGCCAGGUUCCCCCUACCACCAGCCAGUCUGUGCAGACUUGCUGCCUGCUGUGUCACCGGGAACGCAAAGGCUGGGAAGAAGGCCCUUCCCAGAACGGACUGGUGUUGCAGGGUGAGAAGCUGCCCCCUGACUUCAUGCCAAAGCUCGUCAAGAAUCUCCUAGGCGAGAUGCCUCUGUGGGUCUGCCAGAGUUGCCGAAAGAGCAUGGAGGAAGAUGAAAGGCAGACAGGUCGAGAACAUGCAGUGGCGAUCUCCUUGUCACACACAUCCUGCAAAUCACAGUCUUGUGGGGGUGAUUCUCAUUCCUCUUCGUCCUCCUCUUCAUCGUCCUCUUCCUCGUCCUCCUCCUGCCAUGGGAACUCAGGGGACUGGGAUCCUAGUUCGUUCCUGUCAGCACAUAAGCUCUCGGGCCUCUGGAACUCCCCGCACUCCAGUGGGGCCAUGCCAGGUGGCUCGCUCGGGAGCCCUCCUACAAUCCCUGGUGAGGUUUUCCCCAUCUCGGAGCACCACCGGCACUCAGACCUCACUGCUCCACCUAACAGCCCCACCGGCCACCACCCCCAGCCAGCGCCGCUGAUCCCAUCUCACCCCGGAUCCUUUGGCUCACCACCCCACCCGCACCUGCUGCCCACCACCCCAGCAGUGCAUUUCCCUGCCCAGGUUUCAGAAUGCCCUGUUGCCGUGGCAGAAUGCCCUGUUGCCGUGGCUGCUGCCCCCCACACCCCAGGGCCAUGUCAGAGCCCCCACCUUCCCUCCACCAGCAUGCCGCUCCUGAAGAUGCCUCCUCCAUUCUCGGGUUGCAGCCACCCCUGUAGUGGGCACUGCAGUGGGCACUGCAGCGGGCCCCUCCUCCCACCACCCAGCUCUCAGCAGCUCCCUAGCACUCACAGCAGGGACCUUGGGUGCAAGGGGCACAAGUUUACCCACAGUGGCCUGACGUGCCAGCUUCCCCAGCCAUGCGAGGCAGACGAGGGGCUGGGCGAGGAAGAGGACAGCAGCUCGGAGCGUAGCUCCUGCACCUCAUCCUCCACCCACCAGCGAGAUGGGAAGUUCUGUGACUGCUGCUACUGUGAGUUCUUCGGCCACAAUGCGCCACCCGCUGCCCCGACGAGUCGGAAUUAUACCGAGAUCCGAGAGAAGCUUCGCUCAAGGCUGACCAGGCGCAAAGAGGAGCUGCCCAUGAAGGGGGGCGCCCUGGGCGGGGUCCCUGGGGAGCCCGCCGUGGAUGAUCGAGAUGUGGAUGAGCUGCUGGAAUUCAUCAACAGCACGGAGCCCAAAGUCCCCAACAGCGCCAGGGCUGCCAAGCGGGCCCGGCACAAGCUGAAAAAGAAGGUAAUAGCACCACCAGCCACCCAGCUGCCUCAACCAGAGCCCCAGAUGCCAUCUGGGGAGGACUGCGUCGUGGUGAUGGCGAGCAGCAGGCCUUGCAAUUGGACCAGUUUGAAACCUGGCUCUACCGUACUUGCUGAAAAAGAGAAGGCCCAGUUGGCAGCGGAAGCUCUGAAGCAAGCAAAUCGUAGUGUUUCUGGAAGCCGGGAGCUGAGGCCUGCCAGGGAGAGUCUUUUGGCGUGGCCCGAUCGGGAGCUGGAUCGGGUCAACAGCUUUCUGAACAGCCGUCUACAGGAGAUCAAGAACACCGUCAAGGACUCCAUCUGUGCCAGCUUCAGUAUGUGUGAGCUCAGCGUGGACAGCAAUGGCUUCUCUAAGGAAGGGGCCACUGAGCCAAAACCUCAGAGUCUAGCCCCCUCAAACCCCAGUGGCUCCUCAGAGCAAAGGCCUGACAUUAACCUUGACCUAUCCCCUUUGACUUUGGGCUCCCCUCAGAACCAUGUGUUGCAAGCUCCAGGAGAGCCAGCCCCACCACGGGCAGAAAUGAGAAGUCCCCACCCACCAUGGACAGAGGUGAAGGGCCCCCCUCCUGGUAUCAUCCCUGAGAAUGGGCUAGUGAGGAGACUCAACACCGUGCCCAACCUUUCCCGGAUGAUCUGGGUCAAGACACCCAAGCCAGGUAACCCUAGCUCUGAGGAGCCAAGCAUAAAGCAGGCCCUUGGUUGCAAGCAGGAGCUGCCUGAGCCUGUGGCCUCAGGUGGGAAGCCACGGAAGGGCAAGAGACAGGGUAGUCAGGCCAAGAAGAGUGAGGUGAGCCCAGCUUCCCAGUCCCCAGCCUGCCUUGAGACUCCCAGUGCCAAGGGCCAGACCCCUAGUCCCAAGCAGCCAAGCAAGGCCCCGGAGCCUCCCAGAGUGGACAGUUGUGCUGAAGCUGGAGAAGGGGGCCAGGGGAACCAACCAGGACCAGGCUGGGCUGACAGCCCCAAAGCUGACAAGGAGAAGGGCCGCUCCUGGCGAAACUGGCCAGGUGAAGCCAAGGCACGGCCUCUGGAGCAGGAGUCUGUACAGCCCCCAGGCCCAGCAAGGCCGCAGAGCUUGCCACAGGGCAAGGGCCGCAGCCGCCGGAGCCGCAACAAGCAGGAGAAGUCAGCCUCCUCGUUGGACGAUGUGUUCCUGCCCAAGGACAUGGAUGGGGUGGAGAUGGAUGAGACUGACCGGGAGGUGGAGUACUUCAAGAGGUUCUGUCUGGAUUCUGCAAAGCAGACGCGUCAGAAAGUUGCAGUGAAUUGGACCAACUUCAGCCUCAAGAAAACCACUCCCAGCACAGCUCAGUGAGCCCCUGCCAGAACCAGCUUCUUAAGGGUGUCCUGAGACCCCAACUGCCAGCCGAAGGUCUACAGUUUUCUCCAUCACAUCCCCACCUACCUGCCCAAGACCCCACUCCCCGCUCCACCAUCCUGGACCAACCAAAAGCUGAAUAGAUGCUGUUCAUGCUGGGGCCCCUCAGGACCUCCGCAGAGCUGCUUCCUGGUGCUACGCAGCCUCCACACUCAGAGCCCGGAGGCUGGGCUGGCCGGUGGGCUUGGGGGCUGAUGGUACUGCUGGCCCAACACUGCUCUUUUUGAGUUUGGUUUUUUUGUUUUUGUUUUACUUGGUUUUCAAUUCUUUACUUUUGAUACUGUGAAAAUCUUUCCUGCCGAAAGAUAAAGCAACAUUUGGACACAGA